CGCGUCGCAGAGGCCCGCAGCGUGCACCCCGAUCUCGUCAUGUGGGCCCACCGCGCAGCCCUGCUGUCGCUCGUGGCCGCGAAGCCGAGCGCGCUGGAACUGCGGCCCGUGCCGACGAGCUACAAUGCCCUCGUCGCCGGCGCGACGGGCUCGAGCUUCGGCGAGGUGGCCAAGGUGGUCAACGUAGAAACGCCGGAGCUCGCGGCGGACGAGGUGCUCGUGCAGGUGUGCUACGCGGGCGUCAACGGCGGCUGCGAGACGUUCCGCGCGCGCGGCGACCACAUGUUCGCCGGCAACAAGGAGGCCGCGGACUUCGCGCUCGGCGCCGAGGGCGUGGGCCUCGUCGCCGCCGUCGGCGCGGACGUGCGCGACGUCGCCGUGGGCGACAGCGUCUGCUUCGUGAACGCGGCGUUCGCCGAGUACUCGACGAGCAAGGCGUCCAUGCUCUGGCGCAUCCCCGAGGCGACGCCCGAGUACGUCGGCCUGCGCAUCUCCGCGCUCACGGCCUGCGCCAUGCUCGAGGAGACGGGCAAGAUCAAGGCCGGCGACACGGUGCUCGUCACGGCGGCGGCCGGCGGCGCGGGCCACUACGCGGUGCAGAUCGCGAAGCAAAACGGGGCGACGGUGGUCGGCACGUGCUCGAGCGAGCAAAAAGCCCGGAUCCUGAAGGCUCUCGGCUGCGACUUUGUCGUGAACUACAAAGAGCGCGAGUGCGCGGAAGCCUUCGCGGAGAUCUGCCCGGAGGGCUUCGACGUCGUCCUCGAGGGCGUCGGCGGAAAGAUGCUCCAGGCCUCCCUCGGCGCGCUCGGUCCCAAGGGCAAGCUGCUGCAGAUCGGCUACAUCUCCGAAUAUCCCCACAACCCGGAGGCCGCGGCCGAGACGGCGGCCCACGGCCUCGACACGUCGAACCUCUUCUGGAAAAAAGAAACGAUCGCGAGGGGCGACCAGACGAUCAUCGGCAACGCCUGGCCCGACUUCUCCGCGAUCGUCGGCUGCAAGGACCGGGUCCUGUCGCUCUUCCACGACGGCGAGCUCCGGUCCUUGGUCGACGAGCGCCCGUUCGAGGGCCUCGACGCCGUGCCCGCCGCCAUCGACCACAUGCUCUCGGGCACGACGGUCGGGAAGGUCGUCGUGAAGAUUUAGAAUAAGCCUCGCGUCAGG